UCUCAUCAUCAUGUAUCUGACUUUUUUGCUCCUGACACUGCAGGUGUUGAGCACCACAGCUUCACACUUUUAUGGAGGCUCAAUGACUUUUAACUCAAGAAGUAACUUUGAUGGAUCGUACAAGGUGGAACUUCGCUUCAAGACGGCCUACCAUCACUGUUCCUCAUAUGAUUACUGGACAUGCUGGUCUGGGAACUGUGGCAUUGAGAACAGUUAUGAGAUGGGUAAAAUAGAUUCAAGUGUUAAUGGUGGCAACUGGUGUCAGUCUGAGGGAAUCAUAACAAGAACUGUUUCCACCAAUGACCCAUUUGAGCUGAUAAACCAGGAUUGCUGCUGGAUUUAUAACACAGUGACAACAGGUGGACCCUGGAGUCUUCUCACACAUAUUGACCUUGGAGUGAGAUCAGACACCUCAAAGCCCAACAGAUCCCCAAUCACUACAACAUUACCGUUUCUUAGAGUUCCUCAGAACUGUCCAAGGAGGUUCAAUCUUUUAGCCUUUGAUCCUGAUGGUGACCACGUCAGAUGUAGAUAUGGACUCGGAUCCAAUAAUGAGUGUGGAAUUUGCAACCAACCUGCUGGUUUUACUUUGGAUCAGAAUCAAUGCUCGUUGUCGUAUGGCCACACAUCGCUCACAGGAGUUUAUUCAUUUGAGUUGGUACUGGAGGAUUUCCCCAUGCAGACGAUCACUCUGUCCUACACCAACCAACCUUCAGUGACUAGAGAUCCAGUCAGUUUAAACAGAGCCCGACGCAUGGUUCGAAGCAUUGAUUUAAAUUAUACAACCACAGUUGCACCUACUACAGUGGCAGUUGCUCCGCCAACAACCACAAUUGCAGUGACUACAAUCACAAAUCCACAAACUACAACCACAGUUCCACUGACUACAACCACAUGUGGAUCUUGUAAAACCACAAUUCCAUCGACUACAACCACAGUUCCAUCAACUAAAACCACAGUUCCACCGACUAACACCACAUGUGGAUCUUGUAAAACCACAAUUCCAUCGACUACAACCACAGUUCCAUCAACUAAAACCACAGUUCCAUCAACUAAAACCACAGUUCCACCGACUAACACCACAUGUGGAUCUUGUAAAACCACAAUUCCAUCGACUACAACCACAGUUCCAUCAACUAAAACCACAGUUCCACCGACUAACACCACAUGUGGAUCUUGUAAAACCACAAUUCCAUCGACUACAACCACAGUUCCACCGACUACAAGCACAGUUCCACCUACUAAAACCACAUGUGGAUCUUGUAAAACCCCAGUUUCAUCGACUACAACCCCAGUUCCAUCGACUACAACCCCAGUUCCAUCGACUACAACCCCAGUUCCAUCGACUACAACCCCAGUUCCAUCGACUACAACCCCAGUUACACCGACUACAACCCCAGUUACACCGACUACAACCCCAGUUACACCGACUAUAACCACAGUUCUACCGACUACAACCACUGUUCCAACUGUACCACUGAGCAAAAUUCCUCUUCAAUUUUCUCUUCAAGUUGAUAGUCCAGCUCUAUCUUGUACGGAGGGUGAAUAUCUACCACAGUUCCUGCACCCUACACCUCAACAUAGAGAGCACCUGCAGGCCCGUGUGUACGAGGAAAUUGAGAUCAGAAUAAAUGCUUUCGCAUAUAUUUCAAGCAUCACUGAUGUCAUCAUAAGUGGACCUCUGCACAGCACAAAACACAAAGCAACCACUGGGGAGUAUGUGAUUAACUGGACACCAACUCCAGAGAACCAUGGCCAACAUUUUCCAUUUUGCUUCAUUGCAGAAGGACAAGAUGGGUCAAACAUUUACCAGUCUGAAAUGAGGUGUGUCAUUGUAGAGGUGGAUGAAAUUGCAUUGACUACAACCACAGUUGCCCCGACCACAACCACAGUUGCGCCGACCACAACCACAGUUGCGCCGACCACAACCACAGUUGCCCCGACCACAACCACAGUUGCCCCGACCACAACCACAGUUGCGCCUACCACAACCACAGUUGCGCCGACCACAACCACAGUUGCGCCGACCACAACCACAGUUGCCCCGACCACAACCACAGUUGCCCCGACCACAACCACAGUUGCGCCGACCACAACCACAGUUGCGCCGACCACAACCACAGUUGCCCCGACCACAACCACAGUUGCUCCGACCACAACCACAGUUGCUCCGACCACAACCACAGUUGCCCCGACCACAACCACAGUUGCCCCGACCACAACCACAGUUGCUCCGACCACAACCACAGUUGCCCCGACCACAACCACAGUUGCCCCGACCACAACCACAGUUGCGCCGACCACAACCACAGUUGCCCCGACCACAACCACAGUUGCUCCGACCACAACCACAGUUGCGCCGACCACAACCACAGUUGCCCCGACCACAACCACAGUUGCCCCGACCACAACCACAGUUGCUCCGACCACAACCACAGUUGCUCCGACCACAACCACAGUUGCGCCGACCACAACCACAGUUGCGCCGACCACAACCACAGUUGCGCCGACCACAACCACAGUUGCACCGACUACAACCACAUAUGCAUCAACUUUGCCAGGACCCAAGGCACAUGUAACCUGCUUACAAAACUCAAUGUCAGUGUCAGUUGAGAAGUCUACAAUCAAAAACAUCAAUAACAAACACUUGAGGCUGAUAGAUCCGUCUUGCCAGCCUAACUCCAAUGAGACCCAUGUGUUUAUCAGCAUACCUUUAAAUGGUUGUGGGACUGAAAUGAAGGAGACCAAUGAUAACCUUAUCUUCAAGAAUAAAAUCAUUUCGUAUGAUGACCCCAGAGACAUUAUUACCAGAAAGCAUGAACUAGAAAUUGAGUUCCUGUGCAAGUAUCGGAAAAGAAGCAACCUUACAAUGGAGUUUGAUACACGCAGACCAGGCAUCAACUUCACUGAGAUUGGCUUCGGCUCAUUCAGCUAUGAGUUCGAAUUUUAUCAAUCUGCAGACUUCUACAAUGAAAUUGAUCCAAACUCUUACCCACUGGAGUAUGAUUUGGGUGAGAUGAUCUACAUGCAGAUUGAGCCCAUCACUCCAGUCCAAAACACUGAGAUCUUCCUCGAGUCCUGUGUGGCUACACCCUACGAUAAUCCCAACUACCCAAUCUCUUACCCCAUCAUCACAAACGGAUGCAUUGUGGAUGAAACUGUUCAGAUUUUCUCAAAUCACCAACCAUACAUCGAGUUCGGUCUAGAGGCCUUCAAAUUCAUUGGGCUCCACGACCAAGUGUUCAUCAGCUGCUCAAUAAUCAUAUGUGAGGCCAACAACUCUCUCACCCGCUGUUCUCAGGGCUGCACAAACAUCCCAAUAUCUCCACCAUCUCACCAUCUUCAAAAAAGAGAGGCACCAAUCCAGACCACCAGUCACUUCAUCUCCCAGGGACCCCUGCGACUGAGACGUGAAUCACAGGUCACUGUAAGCCAAGGCGUGAAUCUGAACCUACUAGUCAUUGCUGGCUGUCUUCUAGCAACAGCUGCCAUGGUGUGCGGAGUGCUUGUCUAUAGAUUAAGGAUGUCAAGGGUCAGAUACCAACCUGUGCCAUCACACGAGAUAUGAGCAUGAUCGGUGUCUUCUUAACAAAGUAAUUUGUUAAAAAUUUGCAAAAAUACUACAAAGAAAAUUUCUCAUUUUCUACAACCGAUAGAUUCGGUUGUGAAGUCAAGUUUCUUUUAUGUACAAAUGCGGUCCAUGAUUUGAUAUCAUUGAGACUAAACUAUUGUAAUGCAUUAUAUAAAGCAAUGUGCCAGACAUCUUUUUGUCAUUUGCAAACUCUGCUGCUAGACUUUUAUUCUUGGCA